AGAGAAAAAUCUAUACCAGGACUGUGCCUUACACAAACUAGCAGUGAAGCAUAGCUUGCGCCCACCUGUUCAACACAUCCAAAUGCGUAGACGGGGAUACAAGUGUGAGCGUUCAAAUGACGUGCAUUCCACGCCCACUUGCGUAAACACCCGCCCGUGGCGGUAAAAGGCGGUGUGUGGGCGUGGGGAGAGUGAAAGAAGACAGUGGGCGUGUGUGGGAGAGAGAGCACGUGGGAGUGGACACAUGAUGCUCCCAUGGACGUCAUAUGGUACCCCUCCCUUCGAUGUACCACCAGACUGACACCGGAGGAGAAGUAUGGACGCUUUAAAGGUCUGACCAACGUUAUUAUGAAGAAGGCUGUUCCUCCUUCCUGUGUUCUUCAGCUCGAUCAGGGAGAUUGUGUUCACUUCCAGGGCCAUACUGGGCUGGGCAUCAUGAUCAUCGAGGGUAAACAUGCAGAAUACGGCAACGGUAUUUUCAUCUCCGACCUACAGGAAGGAUCAGUAGCUGCUGAGGCUGGACUGCUAGUAGGUGACAUGAUCUUGUGCGUCAACAAGGAAGAAAUGGUUGGUAUUGAUUACGACCAAGCCACAAGUAUCCUCAAAAAAACUGAGGGUGUCAUCAAUAUGUGGGUAGCCAACGCUGCCAGAGGGAAGGAUGGCAAGGUUCCAGAGAAAGAGAAGGAGAAAGAAAAGGAGAAAGAGAAGGAUAAGGAGAAGGAUAAAGAUAAAGAAAAAGAAAAAGAAAAAGAGAAAAAAAAGCCAGAUGUGCCACCAAAACCAACGUUGGCCCCCAAACCUGCCCUUCCUGCCAAACCCCCUUUGCUCGCCGCAAUGUUGCCUGCAUCGGUACCUGUUUCGUUAAUGGAUGAACCUGUCAUACCCUCCUCGCCCCCAUUACCCCCUACUCGACUGGCACAAAUGGACCGAUUACCUUCACAUGCCCAAACAUCCAUAACAUCCACUACUUUGUCAACUUCAUCUACGUCUUCUCCAUCCUCGCUUCCUUCUACAGAGGAGAAACCUCAGGACCCAGCAACUGCAGAGAUCCGGCCAGGCAAGGAAACAACUAUAGAGAUUGUCAAGGAGAAGAUGGGACUUGGUCUAUCCAUUGUGGGAGGCUCAGACACACUUCUGGGUGCUAUAAUUAUCCACGAAGUCUAUCCUGAUGGUGCAGCUGCUAAGGAUGGACGACUGAAACCUGGUGACCAGAUUCUGAAUGUGAAUAAUGAAAACUUUAGAGAAAUAACUCACCAGAAGGCUCUGAGUGUCCUACGGCAGACUCCCUCAAAGGUGAAAAUGGUGGUUUACCGUGAAGAAGGAACGCAAAAGGAAGAGGACCUCUAUGAUACUAUCACCGUCCAGCUCACCAAGAAGUCUGGGAAGGGCCUGGGCCUUUCAAUAGUUGGACGCAAGAAUGGACCUGGUGUUUUUAUAUCUGAUGUGGUUCCAGGUGGUGUGGCAGAAAGUGAUGGUCGGCUAAUGCAAGGCGAUCAGAUUUUGGAGGUAAAUGAUAAGGAUCUUCGCCAGGCUACACAAGAGCAAGCGGCAGCCAUUUUAAAGUGUGCACCAGGUUCAGUUUCCAUGAAGUUAGGGCGACUUAAGGCUGGCAAGAAAGCUAAUUCUAAUAACAAUGCGAACAGCACUUGGCCAGUAACAAUAAGUGACAGUUCCCCAGAUAGCUCCAGCAGUCCACCUACAGAGCCACCUGUUCCCAUUCCUCGCACACAUCUCCCUUCCCUCCACCAGCCACAUCACCUCCCAACAAGACAGCCACCACAUUCACCACUUGAGACUCAGGAACCAUUGGGAAUAAGGACAAUCUUGCUAGAAAGGCGAGAAGAUGGUCUUGGUUUUUCCAUCGUCGGAGGCUUUGGAUCCAUGGGAGAUCUCCCCAUAUACGUGAAAAGUGUGUUUGAACGAGGUGCCGCAGCUCGUGAGGGAUCCCUAAGACGUGGGGAUCAGAUUCUGGAAGUGAACAGACAAUCUCUUGCUGGCCUGACCCAUGCCGAUGCAGUGGCUAUUUUAAAAGAAGCUCGUGGUUCAGUUGCACUUACUAUUUUGCCGUCUAAGUGAAAAAUGUUCAUUUUUUUAUUUUGAAAUUUUGGUGUAUUUAAAUUGUUACAAAUGAAUGGCUCUGUAGAGUGAUAAACUUUUAACAGUCCUUGCUUAUAAGUCUUUGUUAUUAAUGACUUGAAGGCUUAUUUGCAAUGUCAUGUUAAUAGUAAUGCUAAUUGUGGUCAGUUACUAAUGCUUUCAUUGAACACAUACGAUGGGACUCAAAAAGUUGUUGUAUUGCUGAUAGCAGUACCAACUAAAUUGUUCGCCUGUAAGUGUAGGACAGUACUACACCAAUGUGUGGCCUUUAGAGAUUGUGGUAGUUUUCUAUUGAAUUUGUUUUCAUGUAUGAGUAUUUUGAUUUAAAUUGUUUUUUCUGACCACCUUUAUCCCCCUUUAGUAAGUGCAGCAGGCCUUCCUAAGAAAACUAGCGUUUUCUUGUGUAUUGUAGAAUAUGCGAAAGGUACAUAGGCCAUUGAAGAGGUUUUAUGAAUUUUGGUGAUCCAAGCAUUUUCUGGACAGGAAGUUGCUGUUGCAAGUAGGUAAUACAUGUAUCUUUCAUUGUUAGGUAUAUCAUUCGUUGGGUUUAGUAACAGGUAACUGAGCAUCCUCUCUGCUUAGGUUAACUGAACGUAAGAGACCACAUACUUGAUUAUGAAGAAUAUUUGUAAUAUUGAUCUUGAAAAUCAGGAAAUGCUUGGAGCAGCCAGUGUGUGACAUUGAAUAUUCAUUAAUAGAAUUGCAGUUUUUUUUUUUAGGAUGGGUUAUAAUGGGGACAGGUGAAUUAAAUUCUGAAGAUUAUACACGAACAGCAAAUAAUGGAAAUGUGAUUUUUGGGCCUCUUAACAGGUCAUUUGUGAUUUAUAUAAAAAACAUACAUUUAAUAAUCUAAGAAAAAAAAACACUUGAACAAGGAAAAACAAUUGGCAAUAUAAAUACAAAAUGUCAAAAUGGUGUAUACAAUUUGGAGGAGCUGUAAAAUUUUCAUUUCUAAUCUCUGAAAAGAAAUGUAUUUUGAUUACAUAUGUAAAAUUUCUUUGACAGACUGUCAGUUUUACUGCAGUGUAUGUGUUUAUAUAUAUACUGUUAUAUACAGACAUACACAUUGCAGUUUUAAAUAAAUGUAAUAGUAUGCAUACAGUUAGUUGGCUAGAUACUUUGCAAAGUCUAUACAGCAUAUCAGAUUUAUAUUGGUAUUAUGUGCAGGCUUUUAAGCCAUUUGUUUUCUAUAGGACACUUCAUAGUCUACCUUCAUGUUGUUGACUGCUUGAUUACAGAAAACCUGGUUAAUCCAAACUUUAGUAGUUAAUGCAACUAAUUUUUUUUAAAUCAUAUAAUGUUUUAACAGCAAUUGGUCAGUUGGGAUAAACCAGGUUUUGUUACAUCUGUUAUCUAUUGUUAUGAAUUUACUUCUUGAUUCUGAACAAUAAUUUCUUAGGGUUGUAUUAUUAUAGAAUUUAGAAGAGCAAUUUAAAGCAGCAUCAGAUUAUGCUGAUGGUUACCUUAGGUUAAGCAUAAUUAGGGCAUUAUUUUGUAACUCAUCCUUUGGAAGUAGAGUUCAGUACUGUGCAAUAUGGGACUUAAGCCUUAUUUAUUAAUAGUCCCAAAGGGUACUGCCGCAGUUCUGAAAGACUUGAUAUUGCCAACAGGUAUGUUGACUGCAUACUGCCAUAGUCUACCGACUUUGAUUAGUUUUGCAUUCUUGCCCAGACAGAGGCCUUUGAUCUGGCUCGGAACAGAUUAGAGGCUGCCAUUGCAAUGUCAUGAUUAAUUGUUGGAGAGAAUGCAUGAAAGUGUGACUGCCACAUGCACUGGAGGAUUGUUGCUGCCAUGGUAAAGUGUCAGCAGGUUAUCACUCAACAUUGGAUUAUAAGCUCAUAUUGACAUCUUUUUAUCAUCUAUGCAAUAAGGCAGUAAUAUGAAAUAAACUUUUCUCAUUA